AUGGUCAGUAUAAAUCUAGCAUCAGAGAAGGCCUAUGCAGCAGUGGUUUAUAUUAAAACCGAUAAAGGAGUUUCCUUGAUGGCUGCAAAAAGCAAAGUAAACCCGAUUAAAAACAAAAAGACGCUUCCGAAAUUAGAGCUGUGUGCAGCCUUCCUAUUGGCCAGGCUGCUAAAUAGAAUAAUUAGUGUGGUCAAAGCCGAAUCGGAAGUUUAUGCCUGGAGUGACUCCACAAUUACACUUGCUUGGAUUGAAAAUAACAAGAGCAAAGAUAAAUUUAUAAGGUCACGAGUAACCGGCAUAAAAAAUUUGGUAUCUCAGGCGCAGUGGCGGUAUGUAAAGUCAAAAGAGAAUCCAGCAGACUUGGGGUCAAGAGGCGUGUCCCCAGAUAAACUUGUAGACUCAAAGCUAUGGUGGGAAGGUCCCCAGUGGCUGCUGUUGCCGGAGGCGGAAUGGUCUCUAACCCCUCCAGAAUUGAAGACAUGCGCUUCCACGGCUUCCAAGGAAGCACCUACCUUAUUGAACGAUUUGAUAGAAAGGUAUUCAUCAUAUGGAAGACUUCUAAGAGUUUACUCUUACAUCUUGCGGUUUGUUGAAAAACUGAAGGGAACCCGAUCCUUCCCGUCAUAUCUAACGAGAGAGGAGUUGUUAAAGGCGGAGAAAUACAUCGUUAAAGGUCAUCAGAAGAUAGAAUGGCCAAGUGAGGUACAAAAACUAAGAGAUAACAGACAGAUGGAUCAUCGACACAAGCUGGCUAAUUUGCACCCGUACCUAGACGAAGAGGGGGUUUUAAGAGUUGGAGGUCGACUUCAGUACUCUGAUUUGCAGCUAGAUCAAAAACAUCCUAUGAUCAUUCGAAAAUCACGGCUGGCCUAUUUAAUUAUACGAGACACCCAUUACAAGACGAUGCACCGAGGAAAUCGCCUAGUAGAAUGUACCGUGAGACGAAAAUUCUGGAUAAUUAAUGUGAAAAACUGUAUAAAAAAGGUUAUACGAAGCUGUCCGGUGUGCAUCCGUUAUAGGCAACAAAACACGCAGCAACUAAUGGGAAUUCUUCCAGACUAUCGUGUCAAAGUUUCAUUUCCAUUUUAUCACUGCGGAGUCGAUUAUGCAGGACCGGUUUCGAUGAAGUUUUCAAGUGGUAGAGGACAAAGGUCAUUUAAAGGAUACAUAGCUGUGUUUAUUUGUAUGACCACAAGAGCGAUUCAUUUGGAGGCGGUCAGUGGCCUUACUACCGAUGCAUUCAUGGCAGCCCUUAAACGGUUUUUUGCAAGAAGAGGAAAAAGUGCACAUAUAUAUUCGGAUAAUGGCACUAAUUUCGUUGGAGCAGCCGGUCGUCUGGAAAAGGGGUUUAGAAAGUCGUUAGGCAGAACGCUGAUCUAG